GUUUCUUCCUUCGGGCCCUUUCCGUUCGUUAGUUGGUGGGAUUUUCUAAUGGACUGGAGCUGAGCUAACUUAAGUGGAGUGGAGUGGAGGGGGAUGGAAGGAAGGCAGAGAGGGGCCAGUGCUUGGCCCGCCACCGGGCUCCGGUGGACACUCGGUACACUAGGCUGGGUGGGUGGGCUUGGUAAUUUGAUUUAUUCAGCUUCUGUCAUGAUGGCGUUGAAUGUUGGUGCUAUUGUUUGUUGUGUAUUGGUCGAGUGUAGAGUAAAUGGUGUUGUGGAUGGUUUGUAAUAUGUGGUAUUUGUAGGGUUGGCUUUGUCGCGGUGGUAGUAUUCAUCCGCUGUGGCUUAAGAUGGGUGUACGGUUAAGAAAAACUCAGUGUGAGCAGGGGUUGGCAUUGUGUGGAUGGAAUAUAUAUUAUCACUUGCUAUGAUGAUUUUGUAGGGGACGGUCUUGGAGUGAAACAAACAGAAACAGAUAAUAUAAUCG